AGAGAGAGAGGAGGAAGAGGAGGGGUCGUUGGGGCGUUUUCCAGUCUAGAAUACUUUCACUUCUGCAAAGCAGAACCAGCGCAUUUCUUCUUCAGCUCGUCUAACAGAAUAGCGGAAUACUUCACCGAGGGACGUUCGUUGUUAGUUAGAUGGAAAAUGGAGAUUUUAAUUGGUCUACUUAUUUCAUCAUUGUCUCUGUAUUGUGACUUCACCGAUGCUGAGUGCCUGGUGGUCAGUCCUGCCAGUCUGGUGGUGAAGUAUGGAGACCCAGCCUCCUCUAACUGCAGCUCAGAUACCCCUGUAGAGAUGGGCUGGGAAGCCACCCAGGGAGGCGUUGGUCUAACAGACAACAAGGUGAAGAUCCUAAACUGGAAGGCGGACGGUGUGACUGACUGGGAUAACAACCCUACCUGCUUCACAGACGGAGGCCUGUGUCAGAAACAGCUAAACAUCACAGUUUAUAAGCUUCCAGACAGUGUCUCCAUCAGCUAUAGGAAGUACCCUGAUCCGAUGGUUGAGGGGCAUCAGUACCUGCUGCAGUGUCUUGUCCAGAACAUCGCUCCUAUUGGGAGACUCAGGGUGACGUUCUACAAAGUCAGUGCCACAGGUGAACAGACAGAAUUAGACACACAACAGAAAUCCAAGGACAACAUCAAGACACCAGAGAAUGGGACCUACACCCUGGACUUCACCCCUGGUAGAGAUGAUGACGGGGCCCAGUUGUUGUGUUCAGCCAUGUUGGAUCUGGGACCAGAGGGACCCCAACCUCCUCCUGUAAUGGACUCAAACCGCCUCAACACCAACGUGCACUACAAGCCUCAGAUCACUAGUCCUGGAUGUUUCUCCAUGAGCAUCACGGAGGGUGACACCCUAUCACUUAACUGUAGUGCAAAUGGUAACCCUGCCCCCUCGUACGGUUGGUUGCUCCCCCAAGCCGACCCCAACACCAUGGAAGAGAGAUCCGUAGUGACCAUCACCAACAUGGCCAAGUCUCACUCCGGAAAUUACACCUGCAUCGCCAUCAACCCCCUGGGGAAAAGCACCUGUACUGUUAACGUGGAAGUCACAGGAGCUUCCUGUCAGACUGCUGGAAGUGCCUUGGUGGCUGUGCUGCUCCUCCAACUCAUUCAUUGGCUUUAAGACCACUUCCUGAACCCACUGAUUGGCUGAAUACAUGUGCUUUUAUUUUUUUUCUUCUUCUUCAAAAUCCCUCCCACUGUGAUUGGUGGCUGUCUGUCCACUUUCUGCUAACUAUUGAUGAAUUAUUAUUUUAUUUAUUGAUUGAUUGAUUGAUAACCAUGACAACAAUACUUUGAUAAUAUUACCUUGUAACUUUAUGAUUUUGCCUUAAAUCAACAGUUUGGAUCCACCUACACAUUUAAAGGGUUUGUCUUUAUUCAUACAUUGUAGAAUAACAGUGAAGACAUCAACUAUUAUGCUGUGCCAAUAGUAGGACACACCUACUAUUCCAUGGUUUCCAUGGUUUCUAUAUGUGUGUAUAUAUCUAUAUAUAUAUAUAUAUAUAAUCAUGGAUUUAAUUCAUUUUACACCUACUAUUCCAUGGUUUCCAUGGUUUCUAUAUGUAUAUAGAUAUAUAUAUCUAUAUACAUAUCAUGGAUUUAAUUCAUUUUACAGUGUUAUUGCCUGCGUUUUCUUUCACUAUCUCUGACCAUUCGUGAUCUUAGUCAGCUAUGACACAUAACACUUCACUUCACAUUUCCUUAUUAAGUUAUGGUGUCAGAUAACAUACAAUGAAACUAGACUUUCGUUAAUAAUAUACGAAUGACCUUGUUCCAGGUGGGGAUGUUGUUCUGCACGAGUGUGUCAAUAGCAGGGCAUCUUUGACUCUAGAUUACACCUACUAAACAUAUUACAUUGUUUGGUGGGGAUGUUGUUCUGCACGAGUGUGUCAAUAGCAGGGCAUCUUUGACUCUAGAUUACACCUACUAAACAUUGUUUGGUGGGGAUGUUUUUCUGCACUAGUGUGUCAAUAGCAGGGCAUCUUUGACUCUAGAUUACACCUACUAAACAUUGUUUGGUGGUGAUGUUGUUCUGCACUAGUGUGUCAAUAGCAGGGCAUCUUUGACUCUAGAUUACACCUACUAAACAUUGUUUGGUGGGGAUGUUGUUCUGCACUAGUGUGUCAAUAGCAGGGCAUCUUUGACUCUAGAUUACACCUACUAAACAUAUUACAUUGUUUGGUGGGGAUGUUGUUCUGCACUAGUGUGUCAAUAGCAGGGCAUCUUUGACUCUAGAGUACACCUACUAAUCAUAUUACAUUGUUUGGUGGGGAUGUUGUUCUGCACGAGUGUGUCAAUAGCAGGGCAUCUUUGACUCUAGAUUACACCUACUAAACAUUGUUUGGUGGGGAUGUUGUUCUGCACGAGUGUGUCAAUAGCAGGACAUCUUUGACUCUAGAUUACACCUACUAAACAUUGUUUGGUGGGGAUGUUGUUCUGCACUAGUGUGUCAAUAGCAGGACAUCUUUGACUCUAGAUUACACCUACUAAACAUUGUUUGGUGGGGAUGUUGUUCUGCACUAGUGUGUCAAUAGCAGGACAUCUUUGACUCUAGAUUACACCAACUAAUCAUAUUACAUUGUUUGGUGGGGAUGUUGUUUUGCACUAGUGUGUCAAUAGCAGGACAUCUUUGACUCUAGAUUACACCAACUAAACAUAUUACAUUGUUUGGUGGGGAUGUUGUUCUGCACUAGUGUGUCAAUAGCAGGGCAUCUUUGACUCUAGAUUACACCUACUAAUCAUAUUACAUUGUUUGGUGGGGAUGUUGUUCUGCACUAGUGUGUCAAUAGCAGGACAACUUUGACUCUAGAUUACACCAACUAAACAUACUACAUUGUUUGCGAGAUCAGACGUUGUAUAUUAUUCUAAUCCGAAUGUUCAUUGUAGGCAGUUGCUUUCAUUUCAGAGCGUCUAAUUUGUAAAGGUUUCGACUGUAUUAAAUGAUAACUUUUGUCGUAUCCAUAAAACAUUUUACACGA